AUGAAGUCGGUGAUAGAAGCAGGCCACGCCGAAGUAAACUCAACGAGUUUAACCAAGGAUUGGAGGAAUAAGUACCUAGACUACUUGAAAACUAGGAAAUUGCCCUCGGACCCCAAAGAAUCGAGAGCUCAGCGUACUAAGGCUGCCAGAUUUAGCUUGGUCGAAGGGGCAUUGUUCAGCAGAACGUUCAAUGGCCCGUUGGCCAGAUGCUUGGGGCUGGGAGAUACCGAGUACGCCUUGAGAGAAGUUCAUGAAGGCACUUGCGGAAACCAUUCGGGGACAAAAUCUAUGUCUAGUACCGGGGCCACUCCGUUUUCUUUGGUCUACGAGGCUGAAGCAUUGAUACCGGUCGAGGUGGGAAAGCCGAGCCUCAGAUUCCAAUAUGCAACCGAAGAGUCAAAUGGCAAGGCCAUGGUCACAAGCCUAGAACUAUUGGAUGAAAGGGGUGAGGCAUAUUUAGUCUGGUUGGCCGCCCAGAAACAGCGGAUAGAAAGAUACUACUACCGAAGAGCCAUUCUCCGAUAUUUCAAGAUCGGGGACUUGGUGUUGAGGAAAGUAACAUUACACACUCGGAACCUGAAUGAAGGAAAGCUGGGAUCGAACUGGGAAGGACUGUAUCGAGUCAUCGGAAUUACCGGCAAAGGCUCAUACAAACUCGUAGCACGAAACGAUGUGCAACUACCGAACAAUUUGAACAUGACACACUUAAAACGGUACUACUGCUAA